CUGCACGGUGUCGACUCGUUUGAAAGUGAGGAUUCCUCUUCCUUUGCAGUCAUCUUCUCUCCUUUUAGUGUUUUGUUCCCGGUCAUCUUAAUUCCAUCGUCUCUGCUCCACUUUCCCGUCUUUUGUUUCGAGUGCAGCAGUCUGAGGGUCAGCUGCCUUUCAAACAGGCUUUCUGUCCUCCAACUACUCCAGCGUGUGUACAGACGAUGCUUCUCUUGUUUGAUGAUCGGACUCGGCUUCAGGCUCCGACAGCAUUCGUUAACCUCUGGGAUCUAAUAGAGGGAUAUUUUAAUCCUAACUUGAAUCAUAUAAAUCCCUCUUUCAGACGGUUGCAGUGAAGGCAAAAAGAGGUUGACUGAUAAAAUACUCUGAGUUUCACAGACAUGCUCAUCUGAUAUUUUGAAGAUGUUGAGGAUUAAAUAUGUUCAGUAACCAAAGAGAGACCGUUUUUAAGAAGCUCUUUCACUCAUCUCAUUAUUAUACUUUCUGUCGCUCUCCGGCCAGCGGUCAUAAAGACUCUCUGUCCGUCUGCUCUGGAGGGAAAACUUAAAAUGGGAUCAUAAUGUCCGAGGUUUAACCAGGAUGGACUUCUUGGAUGUAUUUGCUCCGGUUUCGGCCACAAACUCUUCUCUGGAGAACCAGACGUCAUCUUCCUCGUCUAGGUCUCCUCCUCUCCCUCCUCACUCCCAGGUGGCGUCCGUGUUCAUCCUGCUGGUCGUCACGGUGAUCAUCCUGGGGACGGUGGUGGGGAAUGUGCUGGUGGUGGUGGCGGUGUUCACCAGCCGAGCCCUCAGGGCGCCUCAGAACCUGUUCCUGGUGUCUCUGGCUUCAGCCGACAUCCUGGUGGCCACGCUGGUCAUCCCCUUCUCUUUAGCCAAUGAGGUGAUGGGUUACUGGUACUUUGGCUCCACCUGGUGCUCCUUCUACCUGGCUCUGGACGUCCUCUUCUGCACCUCCUCCAUCGUGCACCUCUGCGCCAUCAGCCUCGACCGCUACUGGUCAGUCACUAAGGCCGUCAGCUACAAUCGCAAACGAACGCCCAAACGGAUCAAAGCCAUGAUCAGCAUCGUGUGGCUCAUCUCCAUCGUCAUCUCGUCCCCGCCGCUCCUCAUGACGCAGCAGCAGGAGGCUCUGGAGAUGAAGGAAGAGAACAUGAGCAGGCAGGAGUGUCUCCUCAUGAACCAGACGUGGUACAUCCUCUCCUCCUGCCUCGUCUCUUUCUUCGCCCCGGGCGUCAUCAUGAUCCUCGUUUACUGUAAGAUCUAUCGUGUGGCCAAGCAGAGAGCCUCCACCGUGUUUGUGGCGAGGCCCGUGAUGGAGCGGCAGCCGUCGCAGUCGGAGACCUGCUUCAUCGGCGCUGCCAGGACCUUCCGCAGGAAGAGGGGCGUCUGCGACAGAUCCCCGUACGAGCUGGCAAGCCCCCGGCCGGCAGACAGACUCAGCUCGUCCAACGUGGAAAGCAGCAGCCCACGAGGAGAUCUGGACGAGAUCCACCUGGAGGAGAACACCUGUGAAGUUAAAACCUCCUUCUCCUCCUCCGCCCUGCGCUUCCCCAGGAGACCCGGGGCAGGAAGAGCUAAAACAGAGGACAGGAAGGAGUCAGAGGGGACGACAGACAGACUGAAGCCUCCUCCUCCUCCGUCAUGCACCUCCAUAUCUUGGGCUUCUUCCGACACCUGCUCCCACCACCUCCUCCUCCCCUCCCCCGAGCCGCCCCGCAGCAGACGGGCUUCUCUGUCCCGACACAAAGUCGCUCAGAUGAGGGAGAAGCGCUUCACCUUCGUGCUGGCCGUGGUGAUGGGCGUGUUUGUGCUCUGCUGGUUCCCGUUCUUCUUCACGUACAGUCUGCACGCCGUGUGCAGGGAGAAGUGCGUCAUCCCCGACUCGCUCUUCAACCUCUUCUUCUGGAUCGGAUACUGCAACAGCUGCCUGAACCCCGUCAUCUACACGGUGUUCAACCGAGACUUCAGGAGGGCCUUCAAGAAGAUCCUGUUUGAGACUCGCCGAGCAACAUGAGACUGUGUGUGUGUGUGUGUGUGUGUGUGUGUGUGUGU